AUGGGAAAUUUACCAAGGGUCCGAGUGACCGCAGCUAGACCUUUCUUGAACACUGGGGUCGAUUAUUGCGGUCCAUUUUAUAUUAAAGAAAAGAAAUUGCGAAACAGAAAUCGAGUCAAGGUCUAUGUAGCCGUAUUUACCUGUCUGGCUGUCAAGGCUGUACACCUCGAAGUGGUGAGCGACAUGACGACCGAGGGUUUCCUCGCCGCUCUGAACCGAUUCAUCAGCAGAAGAGGCCGAUGCACCGCAAUACAUUCCGACAACGGUUCUAACCUCAAGGGAGCCAAAAAUGAGUUGGAUGGAUUAUAUCAGCUGCUCCAGACAAGAGAAUUCGACGAGCAAAUCGAGAAAUAUCUGACCGAAAAGGGGAUCGAAUGGAAAUUCAUACCACCGCUAUCGCCACACUUUGGAGGAAUUCGGGAAUCAGCGGUAAAGUCAUUCAAGCAUCACUUGAAACGAGUAGUCGGCAAUGAGCUUUUUACCUUUGAGCGGUUCAACACCUUCGUCGUAGAAAUCGAGUCCAUACUGAACUCCGGACCGCUCACCCCUCUCUCAUCCGAUCCCAACGAUUUCCUCGUUCUCACUCCCGCACAUUUUCUAAUCGGUGAAUCACUCACCAGCAUACCUGAACGAGACUUCGGAAUCACUCCAUCCAAUCGGCUAUCAACUUGGCAACACCUCCAGAAAGUGAAACAACACUUCUGGGAUCGAUGGCGCAAAGAAUACCCGAAUGAGUUAAACAUUCGUCACCGUUGGACAAACGGAUCCCACGAUAUUCAAGAAGGAUCGGUAGUGGUCGUGAAAGACAACAACUUACCACCACUGCGUUGGAUCUUGGGGCGAGUCAUCGAGACAUGUCCAGGGGCCGAUGGUAUCAUACGAACGGUAAAAAUUAAAACCCCGAAUGGUGCAUUCGUUCGUAAUGUGAAAAAAUCAGCACCUCUACCACAAGACAAUGAUUAG